UUAUUGAGCCACUCAGAGCCUAUGACGGGUUUUGCGGUCCCCUCUUCAACAAUGCUACCUGUCUUUAUACAGGUAAAGAAUGCUGUAGCAGGGAGACAUGGACUUGCGGCAAUAGCGGCCUCUGUUACAAGGACGCCGGAGCUUGUGAAAUACGUGUUGUCGAGUCAACUGAUGGAAUAUGUGGACGAGUCCAAGGCAGGCAUACAUUCCGUACAUGCGGAAAAUGGGGAGAUUGCUGCAAUCUUGAAGGGAAGUGCGGUAAUGGGCCAGACUUUUGCGGCAGAGGCAUAUGUCAGGGAGGGCAAUGUAGUGACCCUGAUUAUCCUAUGGAUCACCUUCCGCCAUCGCUGCCAUGGGAGUUUGGAGAGGGUUUACCGUGAAGCUGAAUCUCGUAUAUUCAUUCAUUUAGGACAAGCCUCCAAUUCAAAACACGAUCCAAUUGGGAAUAUUAACAUAUCACCUCCUCGCCAGUCAUGA